UAAAUGCGACGUAGAGAGCUAUAAAUUAGAGGAUCUCCUAGUGGUUAUUUACCUGGCCAUGUUUAGUCACCGAUGUGUUCUUGAAUUUGUAUAAAUAGCCCUGUCGAGUGUCAGGACGACACAUUAUUUCACUAAUUUAGCCACCAUGAACACGCUUGUGUCCAUGGUUUUGUUUGCGUGCGUCCUUGUGGCGUACGCAGCAGCGAUGCCGCAACAACAUAAUGAGAUAGCCCUAGAAAGCAAUCUAGAAAGUGGCGGCCCAGUAGCUGCUGAUAACAAGUUACAGGGUGAGGUAUUAGUUGGCGCUGAGAGUGCCCACUGGGGAGGUCGAGGCUGGGGAGGUGGCUACGGCGGAGGCUGGGGAGGUGGCAGAGGUUGGGGACGCGGAGGAGGUUGGGGAGGUGGCGGAGGCUGGGGAGGCGGCAGAGGUUGGGGAGGAGGUUGGGGCGGAGGACACGGAUAUGGCCGUUAAUGAGUAAUAACUUUUUUUUUUUAAGUGUUGUCUGUGAUGUGAACUAAAUCAAAAUAAAAUUGUAACCAAAAAUAUCUUUGAUUUAUUUUUUCGGUAUGUAGUGAUGUUACAUAUCAUCGCAUUACCCCACUAGCCAUACUAACAUGGCUGCGUCCACAAUGGGUGCCUAUUACAAUUUUUUUUUUUUUAAUGAAGUUAGUUAAUAGAUCACAAGAAAACCUUUUUAAAGACUAAAACUAAAAUAUAUAAAAAUGUAAUUUAAAUACUAAAAACACUCAGAUGAUCAUUGGAUUUAACAAUAACAAGUGGGCCACGUGUAGUAAAAAACAACUCUCAUUCUUUUUACUUUGAUAAUUCUAACAUCUAGGUCUAAUGUCACAUUUUUCACACGAUCAAAAAACCUUUAAAUCAUUAGACAUUAAUUAAGACAACACCGAAUGCGACUUAUGAGAUAUUAUAAUUGACUAUAAAAACCUGUUGGAGUUAUAAUAGUUUUUUUGUUCUUUAUCUUAAUUUUAAUUAUAAAACGUAAAAACUUUAA